AGGUGUGUGGCAGAAAUAGGACAGUGGCCAGGGUUGGGCAGAGACAAAGCGGGUUCCCAGAUGCAGAUAGGACAGCCAUGACCUUGAUGACUAAGUGUAUCACACAAACUGGAGAACGUUGCAGUGGUUAAUUCUGUACUCUCCCCAAUACUCACUCUGCACCGGCCUCAGGGCCUUUGCACCUGCUGUUCCUUUUGCCUGGAAUGCUCCCAAAUGCCCCUUCCCACCUUCUCAGCUCUUUGCUCACCCGUGGUCUCAGUGACUACUUCCCUGACCACCCUAUUUAAAACUGCAACCCUCCCACCCUCACACCAACCCUCCGCCCUGUAUGACACUUUACCCACAGCCCUCAGCACCUUCGUAGUCUGCAAGUUGGGUUAUUGUAUUUAUUCAUGAUUGCCUGUCGCCUCCCUGCCCCACUGUCAGCUCCACAAGGGCAGGGCUCUUGUGCUGUUUUGUUAACUGACGUCUGCCUAGAACAGUGCCUGGCACUCAGUAAGUGCCAAAUGAAUGGUAUUAACAUCUCUCCUUUCCCUGGGUGCAGGCACAGGGGCUGCGCCUGCUCCUUAGAAUGCCCUCGGCCCGGAGCCCACAGGAAGUCUGCAGUGUGCUCAGUCCCGUAUCUCUGACCCCUCACAGGUGACGCCAUGUCCCACGAAGACCACGAUGGCCCUCCUGCCGUGCCCGCUCUCACGCCUGGACUUCCUCAAGGCCUCGCACUUCGCGCUGGGGCCCGACCCGCGGCUGCACGUGGGCGCCAUGCAGUCCACCACGCACCGAGACUUCCCGGGCUACGCGGGCUGCCCCCGCGCGGGGCUGUGUGCGCCGCCGCCGCGCGCGUGCCUCUUCCCGCGGGACGCGCGCUGGGAGGCCGGUGGCCUCGUGUCCGAGACCCACCGCGCGUUCCUGCCGCCGCCGCCGCCGGCGGCCCCCGGGUCCGCCAAACGGGAGAGCACGCAGGGGCCCACGCUCGCCAAGCUGGCCAGCAACGUGCCCUUGGGAGCCGACGAGCGCGCGCGACCUGGUGUCUCCACCGCGCGCGCCGACUUCGGCGGGCCCGAGCAGCCGGCGAGCACCCGCGAGCUGAUCCGGGGAGCGCGCCUCAUCUCCGACCGCGACUCGGUGCCGCCCGGAGACCCUGCCAAGUUGUUCAUCCCGCACACCACCUUCCAGGCGCUCUUCCCGCCCCGUGACGUGGGCCCUCGGCCCCGCGCGCACUGCUGCCACCUUGGGGGCCCCAACCCCCUCAGGUGGGACCACAGGAGAGAGGACCAAGGGACCUCCUGCCAGAGACAGUUCCAGGCCCUGCCAAGCCCACCUGCCUCGAUGUGUAAGAGGGCCUCCUCCAGUGUGAAACUGGGAGACUUCAAGACUGGCUAUGAGCCGGUCUAUUCUGAGCAGAAGCAAGCCUACAAGCCCCAGGGCCUGCCCCCAGACAGGUAUGACAAGGCUCAGGCCUCAGCCCACAUCCACUAUGUAAAUAUACCUCCUGAAGAUGGCCUCUUCCGUGACAGGACCACCAAGGCCGAACACUUCUAUGCCCGGGAGCCAGAUCGCUUUGUUCUUCACCACGACCGCACCCCGAAGUCGCACAUCCUGGAAGGAAAUUGGUGCCCCGGCCCCGGCAGCCUCACCACCUCCUCGUACUUCUUCCAUGGCCAGCCGAUGCCCGCGACCAAGCCAUCCAGCCGUCACGUGGCUCAUGAGAAAUUGCAGAGUCACGUGGACCUAGGGAACUCAUCGCUGCUCGGACAGUUCUUCCAGACCACCAUGGGCACGGACUAUUGCCCCCCUGGGCCGCAGCAACCACAGAAAGCGUCCAAUCUCUACUUGUUGCAGAGCAACCUGCCCCAGGGUACCGGUGAACAAGAUUUUUUUACCACGAACCAAAAGAUGCUGAAGCCGCAUAGAACAGCUCCGGCCUCCGUGACGGACGAAAUGCUACAACAAUGCAAGUAUAGCCACAUCGAACUCCCACUGUGUACACGGCGCUUCUUCUCAACCCAGCACAAAGACGACUUUACUGUCAAGUAUCAAGGCCCGGCAGUGCUGAGACGGGGCAACUUCCAGGAGAGCCACGUGCCUCUGGGCUCCACCCACCAGUGUGGCUGGGGGGCUGGGCAGGUAGGCCCUCAGGCCCCCCAGGCCCCUAUCUACUUGUGCCCUAGGCAGCAAUAA